AUGCUCAGAUCGGCUCAAGUGGGACUUGACCUGGGCCCUCCCUUAGUUGCUCAGCUGAUACACGCUCCUUCCAUCGGCAGAAUGCUCAGCAUGGCCAGCUUCCUGCCAAGCCACGCGAAGGGAAGCAUUGGUGAAGCCAUGAUUUACAAGAUCUUCUAUGUUGAGAUCGAGCAUCCAUUCCUUCGCCGUUUUGUACAGCUGCUUCAUUUCGUCCUGGCUGCACCCUGGUUCAUUGUUUGGUGGGGCUGGGAGCGAUACUUUGAGAUGGUCCGCUUCUUCGUGGUUUCCGCCCAUACCUUUGAACUGGACUACAAGGCCAUCCUGACUCCUUUGCAGAUCAAGGGAGUUGUGCACGUGGGAGCGAAUGUGGGUCAAGAGGCAGCGGUCUACGAUGAGCUGGGCGUGCCGAAAGUCCUCUGGAUUGAAGCACAGGAGGACUGCCGAGGGGCCCUGGAGGGAGCACUCAAAAAGCACCAUCGUGAUGAGGAUGUGGUGGCCAUCACAGCAGUAUCUGGCGAGGAAGGCUCUGCCACCCUCUUCCAGAUGGACAACUCCAUCUCGAGCUCCUUGAAGCCAUUGGGCUCUGGUCACAAGCAUUUCUUCCCAUUCAUUCAGCAGGCGAAGACACAGCAACUGCAGACAGAGACUCUGGAUGGUUUGUUGAAGCGCUUGUCCUUGAACCCCCGCGAGUUCGACUUCAUGUAUUUGGAUGUGCAGGGCAGUGAGCUGGAUGUGCUAAAGGGAAGCACAACACAAGUGCUUCCACAUAUUCGCUACCUCGUCACAGAAGUUUCAGCAGAGGAGCAUUACAAGGGAGGCCGAGAGGUGGCGAAAGUCACCAACGGCUUCAUGGAUGAGAUUGGCAUCAAAUGUGAGCCUUUAGGCUGGGGAAGCCCACGCUUGGAAGACGUCGCCGAUUUGGUGGAUCCUACAAGGAGGAGCUCACACACUUGGCUUGACGAUCUACAGUCCGAAGAGGAGAAGCAGCAGCAAAGAAGUGAGGCUGGCAGCCGCCUGGACGCAGCACUGGGCCCGCCGGAGAAGCUGGGCGAAAGAAGUGGCUCCUCCGUCCUGAUUGAGAUGAAAAGGGGCGAGCUGAGCAUCAGCGUUGAAAGGAAAGACAUGCUGAGUCCACCAUCCACCAAGGUGCGAACUAGUCUCAAGACCAGCAUCCAUCGAGUUCCUCCCGAGAAGGAUCGAGUUCGCCCCGAGAAGCAGUUCAGUGGUUCGAUCGGUUCGGACAUGCAGUUACCUGCAACCCGAAGUAGUUCAGGACCAAAUCUGCGGAACCUCUCAGGGCCUCUCACGCCCGCUGGUCGCAGCACCAGUCUGCGUGUUCCUGCUGGCACUCCUGCGAAUGCACCAUCGACUCCGCUGACACUGCCUGAAGGUGCAUUGGCCACCUCCAAUGGUGCACCAGUGACCGCAUCGCCAACGUCACAGUCUGGCCGUGCGUUUACACCUGUGACACCAAAUGCUCGUGCACAGAUGGUGGCUUCGCUGCAGAACGGGUCUCUUCCUUUUGGCAGUGAAGAGCUCACCUUUGGCGUGUGGCGUCGAGAUGUUGCAGAUCUGCACAUGCUAUUUCAGGAGAAAAAUGUGGAGGAGGAGACAGUCAGGAAUCUGGGUGAGCCCGUGUUUUCGAGCGUGUCUUUCUUGCUCCCAACAGCUUCAGCCACAGAGGAGGACUCUACUGCAUGCUGCAAAGGCAUAGCGCAUUAUCGACCCCAGACCUACGACUGGCUGACAGGGCGGAUGUCUACAUCUAGAAAGCACGUCCUCGUGUUCUUCUUCAUGGUUCUUGAGGGCAUACGCCUAAUUUUGGCGAAGCGUGCUUUCAUUCCAGGCAUCAACAUGCUAUCUAUCCUGGUAGUUGAAAAUCUAUCUUCCUUCGUUUUGGCCUGCGUCAUUACGCUCAUCAUGGAGGGCUCUGGGAUCAUUAAGGAAAUGCUGUCCUGGAGUCAGCUCUGGCGCUUCAUGAUCUCCGCGUUGAUGUUCACAGCAGGCUCUGGCUUGGUUUUGGCUGCCUACUGCGUCGGCACCAGCCCAGUCGAGGUUGUGACCUUCGGAUAUAGCUACAUGCCCAUCUGCGCUGUGCUGAGCUACUUUGCUUUCAACAGGCGGUAUGGACGUUUGGAGUGGCUAUCAGUGGGUAUGCUUACCUUGGGUGUCUUGGCUUUUGUCCUGCUUAGAGAAGAGUCUCGAGAAGGGAAAGAGCUAAAGUUUCAGAUGAAGGGCUUGUUGCUCGUGGUGGCAUCAGUCGUUUGCAGUGCUACGGGCUCCAUUUUAGCAGAGCGUGUCUUCAAGGAAAGGUCUUUUGGAGAUGCCAAGCAAGACCGGUUCUACAUCAUGAAGUUUCACUUGGACCUCACAGCCUUGUUCACCGCUGCACUUUUGUGGUCCCUGCCAUUGAACCGAUUGGUGGUGGUUAGAGACUUCAUGCUUAGAUGGGAAAGAAGCGAGGAUUGGUUUGGCAACUGGGGAACGUCGCAGUGCCUCAUGGUCUUGGUGAUGGUAGCUCACGGCUGGGCUGCAGGUCUCAUCACUCGAGAAUUUUCCACCGUGAUUCGCUCCAUCGUGCAGACACUGGCUUUGCUCAGCUCCUGGUUGAUAGGUGACCCUUUGCAAGACAAUCGGCUCAAUUUCUUGCAGCGCUGCGUACCAUCUUGGCUGCUCUAUUUGAUCGUCAUCAUGGCAGCACUAAUUUUUCAGACCGGCCGAGUAAAUCUCAAGGUCAUCCGAAAGGCCUGUGAUCUAAGUACGGAGGCGUUUGGCCAGGACAAAAAGAAGAUCAGAGCAGAGAGGCCGAAACGCUGA